AUCUAUAGAAGAUAAAUACACAAGAAAGCCUGCAGCUAAUUUCCGCUGUGAUCCUAAAUGGAUUAUUACAUUACAUUACAGGCAUUUAGCAGACGCUCUUAUCCACAGCGACGUACAAGUGCAUCAGUUCAAUUCAAAUGCAGAAAUAGCAAGACAGGCAUGGCUACCAUUUCUCUUGUGAGAAAAGGGGGAAUAUGUGGCUUUGGCAGAGCAGAACGUUGCCAUGCCACAAUCUAAGGGAAGAACACGUCGAGAUGAACACGUCCAGAAUGUUCGUCUUCAAGCCGAUGAAAUCACUACUAACAAAGUGUACCAGGGCUACAGUAACCAGUGGAUUGCGUAGGCUGGCAUGUACACCUAGCUCCUGUCCCAGGGUUUGUAUUGUGGGUGGAGGACCAGCAGGCUUCUACACCGCUCAACACCUACUCAAAGCUCAUCCGGCCAUCCAGGUAGACAUAUAUGAGCGGCUGCCCAUACCCUUCGGGCUUGUGCGAUUUGGGGUGGCACCUGACCAUCCAGAAGUCAAGAAUGUCAUCAACACUUUUACCCAGACUGCCCAGCAUGAACGCUGCAGCUUCCAUGGCAACGUGACUGUGGGAAAGGACGUGAGUGUGGAAGAACUGCAACAGGCUUAUCAUGCUGUCGUGCUGAGCUAUGGAGCUGAGGGAAACCGCACUUUGGGAGUUCCGGGGGAAAAUCUCUCAGGAGUUUACUCCGCUAAAGACUUUGUGGGAUGGUACAAUGGGCUCCCCAGCAACAAAGGCUUGAAUCCCGAUCUGAGCAGUGAAACGGCAGUUAUUUUGGGCCAGGGGAACGUGGCUCUAGAUGUGGCCAGAAUAUUGCUUUCUCCCCUUGACGUUUUAACGAAGACAGACAUCACACAGCCCUCCCUGCAGGCCCUGGCUACCAGCAGGGUGCGCCGGGUUCUGAUUGUGGGCCGGCGGGGGCCCCUUCAGGUGGCCUGCACCAUCAAGGAGCUCAGAGAGAUGGUGAACCUGCCUGGUAACAGACCUGACAUGUUGUCUGCAGACUUUCAAGGCAUUGCAGAAGUACUGAAAGACCUCCCCAGGCCGAGGAAGAGGCUGACUGAGCUGAUGAUGAAGGCAGCGCAGGAAAGGCCCGCGGGUGCACCGCUGACCUCCCGCCAGUGGGGGUUCCGCUUCCUGCGCAGCCCGGUGGAGGUUCUGCCCUCCCCGGAUCUGACCCAGACCGCCGGGAUCCGGCUGGGCAUCAACCGGCUGGAGGGCUCAGGGGAAGGUGCCCGGGCGGUGCCGACUGGUGAGAUGGAAGACGUAGAGUGUGGAAUGGUUAUAAGCAGCAUCGGGUACCAGAGCCUGCCAAUUGACCCUGCUGUGCCCUUUGACCAUCACAAGGCCAUCAUCCCAAAUGCAAUGGGCAGAGUCCAGCAAGCCUCAGGCUUGUACUGCAGUGGAUGGGUCAAACGUGGCCCCACAGGCGUGAUCGCCACCACCAUGAACGACAGCUUUGACACUGCCCGGGUGCUUAUCAAGGACAUGGAGACGGGCGUCCUGGAUGUUUCCACUGUCAAGCCAGGAUCACACACUGUCACUCCCCUCCUUCAAAAGCGAGGUGUGAAUCCAGUGUCAUUCUCAGACUGGGAGAAGAUCGAUGCAGAGGAGAUGAAGAGAGGGACGGCAGUGGGAAAGCCAAGGGAAAAGCUGUUAGAUGUGACUGAGAUGCUGAAGACAGCCCACUCCUAAGAGCCAGGGACACACUACAAACACAUGCACAGACACAAUCAUGUGACUAAGCUAACUACUGUAACUGUGUGCCAGUUGUAGAGUAUUAAUGAUUCUUUUUAUGAACCGAUUCAUAUUUUUUCAAUUUCCGUUCAUCACUGCUGGCAGACAUUCGUGGUAUUACUGGUAUUAUUAACAAACAUGCUCCACUUAUAUUACUUGUGAUUGUGAAGUACAUAAUUCCACUCAUUUGAUAAUGCUGCUGUUAGAGCAUCAGGAAAACUUCCAGGACUUGAACUUUAAGAAAAACUGACCAUUUGGAGAGUUCCUUUGAGAUGCUCUUGCCUGACUGAUAUUCCCAUUCCCACACAAGGCCGUACACAUCUGUAUUUGGAAAGCAAUAAACAAUUAGGCAGACAUUGCCAGUGCUGUCAUCAACCAAAUGACAGCCAACAGGAACACACGCAGGAAUGAAGUACACAGCGUGAACAUUCCUGAAUACUGACUCCGAAAGUAUGGUAGCGGUAGUCCAAAAUGUGUUAUUUGAGCUGUGUACUUAAGGCACGUGGACGUGAGAUCAAAGGAUGAAUAAGUAGUACAUUCAGCUUUUAUUUCAUUGUAUUUACAUGCGCAUGUGUUUCAUUUUACAGAAGCGGCUGUCUUUGUCUUGAGUUCCUUCAUUAUCAGCUGUGCAAAAGCAAGUUAAUGGAUGACUGACAGAUGCUGCUCAAGUGUUUCUUUUGCAUAGAUGGUGCUCACAUAAAAGAGCAGUGUGUGUCUACACUUGGUUUUAGCCUUUGUUUUCAUCUGCAAUAGAUUGCUUUUGGAGGCAUACGCCAUCAUGAAGACCAGAGAGCUAACUAUGGCUGAAAAGCCAACUAAUCUGUAAGCUGAGAGACAGAAUUCAGAAGGAUAGCACAGAAGCUGAGUAUAUCAAGCACAGCAUUUUGCAAAGACAACAACAAACAACUGGUGGGCUCAGAAACGAGGUACAGGUCAGCCAAGACAACUGCAGGGUGGGACCACGCAAAUCCCCUAAGUAUAUAGCAAAAAUUUAUUUCACUCUACCACUACCAUACUUUUGGAGGGCAGUGUGAAAUAUGGCAGUCAUAUUUCUGUUAUGAAUGACCUUUACUUAGGCCGAUAUAAAACCUUACAUAUGACAAGCAUAUUGCUUGGCUCCAGUUAGAUGCUUCUUGCAUUUUAAAAUGGUCUGCUCUUAUUGGGGUGAAAGUUAGUAAUUAGUAAGUUUAUUCCACAUUUGCCCCUGAAGUCUGGUACUGGAAUGCUAUCUCAAAAGGAAGUCCUCGAAAAUCAUCCAGAUAAUAGAAAUCAUUUGAUUUUGUGAUUUCUCUUCACAGUGUUUAUCUUUUAGGCAUGCGUAUCAUGGACAGUUAUUCAGAUGCUAUUGACUCGGAAGGUAACAAUUUCACAUUCUGAAGAGGCCUUCGUGCAUAGAAGAAAUUUAUAAAUAAAUGCCAUUUUUGAUCUAAAUUGAAUGUGAGCAAUAGGGCAGCUCCCAUUAGUGCAAUCGAAGCAUUGAGCCUGCAGCAGGGAAAAUUCAUAGGCGUGUUUAUCAGUUGAAAUUUUUCCUACAGCAGGGGAAAUUUAUAGACGUGUUUAUUGGCUGAAAUAUUAUUGUGACUCAGCUCGGAGGGACAUGGAAGAACAAAACAAGUUUUAAAACCUGUCAGAUGAGAAUAAAGCACAUAAACAUGUGUGGGUGUGCAUUUCAGAUUGCAUUGGAAAAUUGAAACGUAAGACUGGAAAAAUUAAUUUGUCAUAAAAAAAAUCUAAAUAUAGGUUAUGAGAAAGAAAUUUGGCAAGAAACCACUGCUCCAAAGACAAGCUUGACAGCUUUUUAAGAGUCUUAAAAUUCACAAUAAUAAUUUAAAUAGUGCUCUUGUGAACCUGUGGUGAAUCCACUUGCAACUUGAUGGCAGAAUCAGUAAAAUCACCAUGUGUGUUUAAAAAAGGUAGAAUGAGUCCCUUAUAUGUUGGUAUUUAUUUGAAAUAAAGCACAUGUAAAUACUGUACAA